AUUUAGGGCACACUUCUCUCUUUUCCGUAUUUGGAAUCUCGAACUUCGGCUUUGGAUUUCUCUUCUUUGACUCUCCUCACCAUCCACCACAUCCGCCAAUCCAUCACGCCCAAAAUGGCUCCCAAGAAGAAGGUUGAACGUCCCGCGAACGAGAACAUCUCUCUCGGCCCCCUGGCCGGAGAUGGCAAGCUCGUUUUCGGUGUCGCCCGUAUCUUUGCCUCGUUCAACGAUACCUUCGUCCACGUCACCGAUCUCAGUGGUCGCGAAACCAUCUGCCGUGUCACCGGUGGUAUGAAGGUCAAGGCUGACCGUGACGAGUCCUCUCCCUACGCUGCUAUGUUGGCUGCCCAAGACGUUGCUGCUCGCUGCAAGGAGUUGGGAAUCAACGCCCUGCACAUCAAAAUCCGUGCUACCGGAGGUAACGGAACCAAGACCCCCGGCCCCGGUGCCCAGUCUGCUCUCCGUGCUCUUGCCCGCUCCGGCAUGCGCAUUGGCAGAAUCGAGGAUGUGACCCCUACCCCCUCCGACUCUACUCGCCGGAAGGGUGGCCGCCGUGGUCGUCGUCUGUAAGCGCUGGGACGGUCGUCUCUUUAUACUUUCUCCAGGUUGUGCACAAUUUGCAAGAAGCUUGCGAUUGCACGUGGACCAAGGAUGGAUUGCGCGGGUAUCUUCUGGGUAUCUGUUAGCAUAUGUGGAUGGAAUAAACGCGAAGAACGGCAGUAUUCUCGCCUGGUCUUCUUUUCUUUGUGGAGUUUGUUCAUAUCAAAGCAUUUUCCAUUUGAGCUGGGCAUGGCUGCUGCGGCCUCCGUUUAUGCGGGCUGUUGACUACAGUGUUUGCCAGCUUGUAUAAUGGGGAUCUCUUGACAAUCUAUUAAUACAAUGGAGAUUCUUAACCUACUACUGACCUUCGCCUACAAAAUGCGCUGUUACCCGUUUCGUAGCGUAAUUGUUACUACACUCCAUAUUUGAAAUUUCGAUCGUAGUUUUUGAAGAACCAAA